UAUGGAUUUGAUUUCCAUAAAAAUAUAGAUUACAAGAAAAAUGUCAAUUUAUAAUUUCCUUAUUAAUUAAUAUCAUCAUUAUUAUUGAUAAAAAUAUAUACUUAUUCUAAAUAUGUUGAACAUGCAAUGAUGAAUAAGAAUAAAUUGUGUCUGAUUGUGGAAUAAUAUCAGUUUGCUUUCCAAAUGUUUAUAAUGGACAAUAAUCCAGUCAAUAAUCAAGACCAGCAGAUAUAUUUGCCUGAAGUCCAGCAGAUUGAAGCGAAUUAUUCAGAAACCAUUCCUCAAAUCACUUGUGUCAUGAUGGGGUGUUCUACAGAUAAUAUACCUCCCCCAAAACCAGAUUUUUAUGCACCUCCACCAUAUGAAAUUGUAACAAACCCGUCUAAGUUACCAACUUAUGAAGAAGUUCAAAGAGAGAAGCAUUUAGAAGGACAGCAUUUCCCCAUAAAUAUUACUUCUCCGAUAAUAAGUCCCCCUGUAUUCACCAGACCUCAUAAUCAGAGAGUCAUUACAAUCAGUAAUGAAGUAACAGAUGAAACAGACACAAGUCUACUCGGCACAGAUUUCAUGUUCUAUGUAGCAUUCUUUGUGGCUUUUGUAUUUAAUUGGAUAGGAUUCUUGCUUCUCAUGUGUUUUUGCCACACAAUUGCUUCAAGAUAUGGUGCUCUUUCUGGAUUUGGAUUGUCUCUGGCAAAGUGGACUUUUAUAGUUCAGCAUUCCACAGAUCUGGCUUCUAAAGAUAAUAGCUGGUUGUGGUGGUUAAUAAUGACUUUUGGGUUGAUAAUUUGCAUAAGGGCCAUUUUGCAAUAUUUGAGCAUAAAGAGAGGGUGGCAUAUGUUGUCUGCUAGCCAUCAAGAGCGGCUUUUAUUUUUUUAUUGAACUGGAAUCUCAACUCGUAUAUUGGUAAAUUUUUCAUUUAUUGAAUAGUUUAUUUCAUUAUAAUAGCUGAUUCCAAUUCAUGGAGCAUAAAUAACUUUUACUCUUUCAAAUUUUGAAGAAAUUCAACAGAGUUUAAUGCUCUCCUUAGAAGUUGUGUGUUUGCACCGCUAAACGUUAAGAGUCACAAAAAUUUCAAGGAUACAUGAAUUGAAUAUUUUUAUUUCAAAAUCGCUGCAUACCAAAGUAGCUGAUAAGGAAUUAUCUGAUAACUUCUAAGUCAUUCCUUGUGUCAUAAAUUCUAAAUUUGUGUCUCUAGCUAAUAACUAUUAUUAACAUGUGAAUUUAAAUGCUAUUAUUGGAUAAAAAGAAAGUGUAUAGUCAAGAUAGUUUUCAUUUGUAUUCAGUCAGUCUUGAUAUAAAUCAACAAUUGAUGGAAAGGAAGCUUUUUAACUAUGUCAAAAAUAUUGAUAUAAAGAAUAUUUCUUGUGAAUAGGUGUAACAAGAAAUUAAAGCUAUUUGAAGAUAUUCAACAAGGGAGGAUGUUUGUUCAUUUAAAAUGAUAUUUCUUGAAUUAUACAUAUUCUAAUAGUGUCAGUCUUUCAUGUUCAUUAUAUUAUUUAUGUUUCUGAAAGAUAUCAUACAAUUAAUCAUUUUAAUUAACUUGUGUCAACAGUACAUGAGAAAAUAUUUCUCAGUUUCGAAAAAGAAAAAUAAGGUUGCUCAAGAUGAGACGUGCACUUUUAGAAUCUCUCAUAAGGAAUAAGUAUGAUUUCCAAAAUAUUUUCUCAAAGAACCAUCAUUUUGUUGAAUAUAUUCAACUAGCUUGGGAAACUAAGGCUUUGUUGUUUUCUCUUUGAACCUCAGCUCUAUCCUCUCGUCAAGUAAAACUUUUUUUAUACUAUUUUUCCUGAUUCGGCUCAGGUAAAAAGAUACAGAUUGUUGAACUUCUAAAAAAUAUUUUUUUGUGCUUUCACUUGAUUUUUCAAAAGGGAAUGAAUUUUUUUAGUGUGAAGUUUUCUAUAACUAAGACACAUAUAAAUAAUAAUAAUUCCAUUUUUCCAUAUACAUAAUAAUAAUAAAACUGUACGAAUUUAGCUAAAACAAGUAAAGAUAAUGCACCAUUUUUAAGAUAUUCAAGAUUAGAUGAUAUGAAAUCAGUGAAAAAUUAGAUCCACACCCCAUGAGCAAGGAAAUACCUUGAACACAACUAAGAUCAAGUUCCGCGCUUCAUUUUGAGUAUAUUUUAUUUCAUCAAUUAUUAAUAUAACAUUAUUUUUUUUUUUUGAAAUACUCUCAUCAUAGAAUAAAAGAGUAUCUGUGAUCCAAAUCGAUUGUUAUAAUUCUUAGAGUAAUAAUCUAUUUUUAUUACUCUGUUUUAUAAUUGUAUGCGUUAAUUAGAAAUGUCAUUUUCAAUUUCUCCUAAUGAUUUAUGUGUUCAUCAUUAUUUUACUUUGACACCAACGAUGAAAAUGGGACUGGCUUACUGGAUUAUAUACAACAUAAUUAUAGCUUUUCAAGCAAGUGCACCUCCUCUAAGUUUAUGAAAUGCAAGAAAUGUUCUAUUACAAACUCAAUAUGUGUAGAUCUGGUAACAUUUUAUAAAUAAUAUAAUUCUUAGAACUUUUAUGUUCACAUUGAGUUUUGAGGUAUCUCAGGACAAAGUGGAUUAGCCUAUUAAAUGCUUAAACUUUUUACCUGACCCAAACCUGGAAAAAUAUUUUAUUAGAAGAUCAGAUUAAAUUUAAUAUACAACUACAAAACCCACCCUGUAUAUAUACAAGCAAAUAUUUAAUGUAAAAUUGUUAUUUUGGACUUUGACUACAGUGUCAAUAUGUGUCAGUUGAUCACUACUGGCUCUACUUAUUACAUUGUGAAAAGUUAUCUCACCACUCUAAGUGAUCAUAUGUAUCAUAACUACAUGGUAAAUUUUCUCAUCUGUUUGAAAAAGUCCAAUUCGUUGCAGAUUUGUAUGUUUGAUAUAAAAAUUUCAUAAAACCAACAGAAAUGAUGAUCUGUUGAUUUCAGGUGUUUUUUUUAUUCAACAAAAAACAAAAAUGACCUUAGAAAGAUCAUUAGGUAUAGUCAAGAGGAUUAUUUACCAUUAGUGUUUUUUUUUUGUUAUUUUACUUAUACAAAUCCCUUCAAAGUAUUCUAUUGAAUAAUGGGUGAUUGUGAAUGAUUACAUUUAAUAUCUAAUAAGUCUUAUGCAAAAUUUGAAUAUUAUUUCAGAAAUAUUUUGAAGAUGUGGUAAUGUCUUUUCUUUGUUACAAAAAAAAUGUAUUCUAAUGAAGGAUUGCCAUGUACAAAUUACAUAAGGUGUGUUAUCAACAUACAUUAAAGAAAAAUAUAUUCAA